AUGACGGCCCCCUUGGACUUAGAGUCCGCAGGUCGUGAAUUCGACAAAUGGCUCGACUGGAAUGGCGCCGCGAACACAUCCAGCGAAACUGCCUUCGACAGUAACCUCGCCGCAAGACCAGACAACUUGGUCCGCCUCCCGAUAUCUCCUUCAUCGACCGUGAGCGGUGACGCACUCCUCGCUCACAUCAAGACCGACUUCCUCACCGCCCCUCCUUCACACGACCUCCUUACCCCUCGCCAUAGCUCAGCUUCCCCAGAAUCUCGCUCGAGCGCAGAGAUGAGACUUAGUGGGGAUACGCUGAGAGACGAAUCUACUCCCAGCCAGCGUCCUAUGCUCAAGCGGAAGUUAUCCCCAACCGAUAUCCCGACGACAGAUUACCGCUCCGAGGCUCCUACUCCGGCGGUAAAGAAGCGACCACACAAUAUCAUUGAGAAGCGAUAUCGUGCCAAUCUCAAUGAAAAGAUAGCCGAGCUCAGGGACAGCGUGCCCAGUCUACGUCUAGCGCAGAAAUCCAAGAUACGGGACAUAACCGGGGAUUCCGACGAAGACGACUUGGAUGGCCUUACUCCAAGCAACAAGCUGAACAAGGCUUCCAUCUUAACCAAGGCAGUCGAGUAUAUCCGACACCUCGAGUUCCGUACAAAGCGGCUGGAGGAAGAAAACAACGCACUCAAAGAUCGGCUUGAGACACUUGACAAAGUCAUCGCUCAGGGAGGCAAUGAUGCUCAGAGAGCUGCAGCCUUCACGAGUGACGUUGUAAUUGAAGAAUCAUCGUCUUCGUCGACCGCCGAGUCUCCGUCGUCAACGUCGACUACGCCUGCCAAACCCGCUCAAGGGCUCAUUCCCCUGCCCGAGAGCUGGAGGCGUCUCCGUCAAACUCAAACUCAAGACCAUUAUGGGCACAUCUAUCAGACGCCGGCAGAGCGCUCUAGGUUCAAGGGCAAAUGGCCUACUAAAAUCAUGCUGGGCUCACUGGCCGCUCUGAUGGUUAUGGAUGGCCUCAGUGAGUCAGAUAUGGGCACAGAAUCCCGCGAAAAAGGCCUCUUCGGCAUCCCUCUGGAGAUACUGGAUGGCUGGAGCUUCCUGCGAUCGCCGCGGAUCUACUUGGCCACAUUCAGCCGGUAUUGCCAAGCUGGAGGUGUCAUUCCGUUGAUCAAAGGCUUUAUCGCCCUGACCUUCCUUGCAUUCCUCAUCUUCUCAUACCUGUUCAACUCCAAGCCGCCACCAAAAUCCGACAUUGAGGAAUCGGCCACCGGGUCCAGUCAGGCGCCUGUGCCGGCCUCCCCUAUCGAAGUCAGGCGGCGCGCCUGGAGCACAAGCAUGCAGGAGCUGCAACUACCUCACCACCACUUCUUCCCGGAGUGGUUAGCUAUCACUUCCGAGUGGCUCAAGUACAGUUUUGGUUACCUGUUUGGCCCGCGGGCUUAUGCUUGGCUCACGGGCCGCACUGCUGACGACACUGUGGCCCGGAUCAAAGCAUGGGACAUUGCUAUUGACGCUCAAUUGGCCGGUGGUGACGCCGAAGUGAGCCGGAGCAGGCUCCUCCUGACCAUCUUUGGGGCUGGAAACCUGCCCAGGACGCCCUUGCGACUGAUGCUCAAGUCGCUGCAUUGCCGGGUGCUCUUGUGGAACGUGGGCGCACUCGGAACUGGCCUAUCCAGUGUCGCUAACCGCCUUGGGAAAUUCUUUUCAAACCGGCAAUGGAGCCGUGCCAAAACAUCGCAGGACAAUCUGCCCCUGCAUCACGCGGAUCGGCUGCCUCGUCAUUUGUCAGAAAUGCUCGAUAUGCCUUGCGACGAGGUCUUCCAAGACACAGUCUGCCAGAGAGCGUAUAAUCUCAUGUACGACCGGCCCACCGCCGAAGGCUCUGCCAAUCCACUCCUGGACGUUGUGGUCGAAGACCACGCAGUUCGGUCCCCACUGGACGCAGUUGCUGCCUGGAGGUCUUCCCUGUCAUUGACCCAGGCCCUGGACCUGUCUCUGCAAUCACCCGAGUCUUCCGAGCUCAUCCAAGAACACUUGAAUACUGCCUUGAGAAUAGCACCACCGGGCUCAGCAGCUGAAACGCGGGCGUUGGCUGCAAGCUCCGUACUCCGCAGCACUGGUCGCCGUGCAUGUCUUGAGCAGGCUUCGAGAGCGAUGGAGAUUCUACCCGCUCCAAAUACGCAGCUUGAAGCUAAAGUGCGGCCCCCUUUUAUCAUCGAUUCCUCCACACCGAUAUCAGCCAGGACGGAUGUCCUAAACUGUCUGCAUUGCGCGGAGACGCUGCAAAUUCUGGACCACGAGAAUGAUCCGAACAAAGCCCGGGCAUACUUCGAGGCAAAGACUCUCGAGAUCAACAGCACCCAAUUGCUAGCCCGAGCAGCGUUGACGCAUCUUCUCUGGCGGCUGCCAUUGAUUAACACACCAGCGCGGGCUGGUAGAGAAGAGGUUGGCAUUACACCACACGAUCACAUAUUCGCUGCUGACGUGUCGGUUCUGAGAAGCAGCAAAGGCAAGUCGCCACGCCGGUAUAGCACGAUCAGCACCGAUUCCGGGUACGAGAGCCAGGACGCCUCGGUGUCUGCCUGGGACGUCGACCUAGAAGAAUCAAGAUGUAGUAAUGACCUGGACAUGGCGCUAAGGCAAGGAUUUCAGGUGUAA